AUGUAUUCAAGAGGCAGUGGGUAUGGGCAGCAAGCUUAUGGCGGACAGUCGAGCUACGCACAAAGUUUAGGAAACAACUACACUGGUAGUUCUGUUGGAGGAGCUGAUUCAACUUCUCAGCAUUCCUUGGCUUCUAGACAUCUGAGUGGCUCUCAAGAAGCAAAUCUCGGUGGGUACAAAAGCUCAGUUUCAGGGUACGGGGGGCAAUAUGCGGGUGUCUACGGUUCAGCUGGUGUGAGCACUACCCAACCGGUGACCUCGGUAAGUAGCAAGGGGAGUGGGCCAUCCGCUUUGGAAGGUCGUAGUGGCUAUUCACCUAAAUUUGUAGCUGGUGAGUAUGUUCCCUUGUCAAGCCAUGCAUACAGUCACAAAACUGAGCAAUUAUAUGCAGACAAGCUUAGUGAUUACACUGGCAUAGACCGAAGACAUUAUGGUGAACGACAUAGUUCAUAUAUUGGUAGGGAUUUGCAAACUGAUCCAGCAUCCAGAUAUGUAGACAAUGUUGGCUUUGGUCAUCAGACUGAGAGAUAUGAACGUGGGGAUCAGUCGUCGAUUCUCCGACAAGGACAACUGUUAAAGUCACAGUCAAUGCAUUCUUCGUCGCUUGAUGGAGGUGCCAGACAAAUCGAUUACCUUGCAGCAAGAGGUGCUGCUGCUAGCCGUCAUCUGAAACAGGAUCUUGUUGUGUCUUAUGGAGGAGGAAGAGGGGAUGCUGAUCCUCGAGGCUCCUCAAUUCUUAAUAAUGCUUCUUAUAACGGACAACAACAUGCUUCAUCCAUACUAGGGGCAGCUCCACGAAGAAGCGUCGAUGAUCUUCUAUAUUCUCAAAGUUUAUCGAACCCAGGCUAUGGUGUUAGCCUCCCUCCUGGUAGAGAUUAUGGUUCAGGAAAAGGGCCGCUGCAUGGAGCAUCACUAGAGCCAGAGUAUCGUCCUCUUCAUCCAAGGCUCGAUGAUCGAAGGGAUGAAAGAGCCGGUUAUCUUCGGGAGUUUGAGCUGCGUGAGGAGGAAUGCCGUCGAGAGUUCUUGCGCGAGAGGGAAAAAGAAAGGGAGAAGGAACGAGAGAGGGAAAGAGAGAGGGAAAGGGAGCGUGAACAUGAAAGAGAACGGAGGCGUGAUAGGGAGCGGAUGGUGGAGCGACGGGAGAAGGAAAGGGAGCGGAAGCGCGUAGUUGAGAUUAGACGCGAACGAACUCCCCCAAGACCAUUGAGGGAUCCUCGUGGGUCCUCUUUGACAAGAGAGGCGGGACGAUCUUCGCGACGUGAUUCCAUGAGCCAAGAAGCUUCACAUAGGCGUCAUUCUUCACCUGUUAAAGAUAAAAGGAGGGAAUAUGUUUGCAAGGUACAUGGUUCCUGUUUGGUAGACAUAGAUAGAGACUAUUCAUCAUUGGAUAAGAGGUAUCCCAGACUCUUUGUGUCACCAGAGCUUUCCAAGGUUGUUGUUAACUGGCCAAAGGAGAACCUUAAACUUUCAUUACAUACUCCUGUGAGUUUUGAGCAUGAUUUUGUUGAAGAUGAAAAGGUUUUAGAAUCGAAGGAUGUCUCCAGCAAGCUUCUGGGACAUCAUCCUGUUAAAUCGGAGAAUGGUUGCAGAGUGUGGAAUGCGAAGCUAAUUUUAAUGAGUGGAGUAAGCAAGAGUGCUUUCGAGGAGCUGUCAUCUGCGAAGUUUUCUGAUGAUCGUCCAGCCCAUAUUUGUAACAUCCUUAGGUUUGCAUUGCUGAAAAAGGAUCGUGCUUUCAUGGCAAUUGGUGGUCCCUGGGAUCCUGUUGAUGGUGGUGACCCAGCAGUUGAUGAUUCUCCUUUAAUUCAAACAGCACUUAGAUAUGCGAAGGAUAUAACUCAACUUGAUCUGCGGAACUGUCGUCACUGGAAUCGUUUUCUCGAGAUACACUAUGACAGAUUUGGAAAGGAUGGCACUUUUAGCCACAAAGAGGUCACUGUUCUAUUUGUUCCAGACUUGUCCGAAUGUCUUCCUUCAAUUGAUACAUGGCGGAAUCAAUGGCUUGCUCACAAGAAAGCUGUUGCCGAGAGGGAGCGUGAGCUUUCUUUGAGAAAGGAGAGAACUGGAGAAAAGAAGGAAGGCUCAAAAGACAAGGGACAGGACUCUGCCAAAGAUACUAAGAAAGUUACCAAACCGGAUGCGGUGAAGACAUCUGCUGCUGCUUCUAGUGCCAACAAAAGGGAGAAAGACGGAAAUGAUUCCAAAGACAAAAUGGUUGCUGAGAAGGAUGCCGACUAUGAUAUAUCUGGGAAAGAAUUUGGAAAUGAUGUUGGGAAUAAAGCGAAGGAUGAUACUGAGAAGGAAACCAAGGUUGAAUCUUCAAGUACUAAGACAGCUGCUGGUGUAAGGCCAGGAAAGAAGAAAAUAAUUAAAAGGAUUGUUAAGAGGAAAGCAGUUGCUAUGUCGGUUGAUACUGCCAAUGCCGCAACAGGCGAUAUGCCAAGUGGGACGGAUGUUGGAGAGAAACCUGCUGAAAGUGAAGAUAAGGGCCCGCAGCCUGAAGGGAAGGGUGAGGUGGUGAUACCUCAGUCUAUUCAGGGUAAACCCAAGGAUACGCUGGAUCCCAACGUGGGGACAGGAUCACCUGUUAGUGUCAAAACAGCUGUGAAGAAGAAAAUUAUCAAGAGAGUGCUUAAGAGGAAGCUCACCAACAAGGAAGCUACUGAGGGAACUGUUGGGACUACUUCAGUGGAAGAGAAGACGGUAGCUCAAGUAGUUAAGGAAGUAGAAAAUGCAGGGAAUCAAGUAUCAGCAGAGAUUGAGAAUGACGAGGUUAAAGAGUUAAAGGAGAUGGCAACUCCUACUCGAUCGUUGAAAUCACCAGAGAAUAAAGCAAGUUUGCCAAAGCCAACCAAUAAAACAGAUAGCAAGGCAAUAAAGGAAGACAAGGACGAAAAGAAACUCGAAGGGAAAAAUGGAAUAGGCAAUAGAGCUGAUGGUAAGGCUGACAAGCAGAAGGGUGGUGAGAAGGAUAUUCAUACUGCUGCCAAAAAAGGGAGAUCAGUGGAUGGGGAGAAAACAAAUGACAAAGAUGGGAAAAGUGAGACAAGGAGUAAAUCUCCUAAAGAAGUGAAAGAGAAGAGAAAGUGUGAAGACCCUCCUAAACACCCUGGAUUCAUUUUGCAAACAAAAUGCGACAAACAAACUAUGUUGUACUCAUUGUCACUUUCUUUUGACUCGCUUUUGGAUUAUACGGACAAGGACACCGAUGAAUCAACAGUGGAGCUUUCUUUAUUUGCGGAGUCCCUACAUGAAAUGCUUCAGUAUCAAAUGGGUUGCCGUCUAUUAGCAUUCCUUCAGAAACUACGCAAAAAAUUUGUUGCGAAAAGGUAUGAACGGAAAAGGCGGAUUGAGGAAAAUGAUGCAAAGGACAAAGAUGGAAAAUCCUCGACAAAGCGCCUUAAACCCAGUGAGGCUACUUUGAAGAAUGAAUCUGAUGCUGAAAGGUUGAAUGCAACAAAUCAACCUGAUCAACAAAAAGAUAAAGAGGAGGAUGCUUCUGCUCCGAAAAAUGAGGUAAAGCCUCAAGAUGACACAGAUGAAUAUGAAGAAGAUCCUGAAGAAGAUCCUGAACUACCUGAAGACGAUGAUGAAGAAACGGAGGAUCCUGAGCCGAAUAUGAUUACUGAGAACAACAAAGAGGAAUCAAAAACUACUACUGCUGAUGGUGCUGCUCAUGGAGUGUUGGCUGUCAAUGAAACUGGUGGUAGCGUUGGUGACACGAAGAAAAUUAUGGAUGCCAAAGACAAGUCUGAGUUGUAUUCUACGACUGAGGAAGGAGGUGCAGAAAUAAUGCAGAAGGGGAAUAAAGGGAAAGAUUCUUCUGCUCCGAAGGAGCCAGUGAUUGUUGAUAAGGAGCUGCUGCAGGCUUUCAGGUUUUUUGAUCGGAAUAGGGCUGGGUUUGUUAGGGUAGAAGACAUGAGGGUAAUCAUCCAUACUCUGGGGAAGUUCCUUUCUCACCGAGAAGUGAAGGAACUUGUUCAAAAUGCAUUGCUGGAGAGCAACACCGGGAGGGAUGACAGGAUCCUUUAUCCCAAGCUGGUGAAGAUGAACCUGUCUUAG